AUGAUCUAUCUCGGUCUGCAGCUAGACUCUGUGACAUUCCGUGCUGCAUGGUCCGUGGACAGACGGAUGAACACUACCCGUCUACCCGGGGAGGUUCUGGCGGGCCCCAGAGUCCCCGCUCGGCGCCUCAGGUCCCUGCUGGGAAUGAUGGCGGCAGCUCAUGCUGUGGUGCGGCUAGGCCUUCUCCACAUGAGGAAUUUUCAGAGGUGGUUCUCACGCCUCAGGCUUCAACACCCUCCCGGGACGGGGGGAGGCUGA